AUAACAACUAACAUGCAACUUAUUCUGGGACGGAGAUAAAAGGCAAAGAGACAAUCUAAAUUGAGACGGAGGUAGUACAACCCAAUUUGUAUAAUUUUAUCCCUGAUAAACUCUCCGAUAUAUAUUAUAAUGUAUCUACUCCCUCCGUCCUAUAUUGAACUUCCCAUAUUGACUUUUGUUCAUUUUUAAGGGAGUGAAUUUUUGCACUUUGACUUCCAAUUAUACCCUCCCUUUAAAAAAAUGCAGUGCAAAGGCGCUAUGUUCGUUUCUCCGUGGCAUUCUUGAUCGGCAGCAAAGUCGUCGCCGGAAUCGUAGCAUGAAACAGAAGCGUCGUUCCCCUGCUUCGCCGGCGGGACUCUGAAAUUGGUCAGCGCAUCCACCCCAAGGAGCUUGUCGUAGAUCGCCGCGGCUUCCUCAGCCGUUUCCCAACCAAACUCUAACCCGUCGGGUCGGGUCCCGGAUCUCGGCAGCCCAUUUCCCGCAAGGUCGUCGCCUUACGCCCCGGAACUUCCUGACACCGCCGGAGACACCUGAAGGGCCAAGAACAUCUUUCCCCUUCCCUCCUUUCUGCCUCGGUGGAACUAGCUCCAGCGAUCUCUUCCUACGGUUCCGCGCAACACCGCCGUCAGCGGCGGAUCUGAGAUUCAAAUGAGAGGAGGCGGAGAAGUUUAAGAAUGGGGGAGAGGAAGAGAUAAGGUCAAAUGAGAGAAUGAGAGGUGGGCAAUGAUUCAAGGAAGAUAAGGCAUGCGUUGGGGUGGGUGGAGUAAUAAAUAUUUUAACUUUUUAGGGGUAUUAUAGUCAUUACAUAUGCAUUUAAAGUGUGUGGGAAGAUGAUUUUAGGACGGGAAAAAAAAGGAAGUGGGAAAAUCAAUAUAGGACGGAGGGAGUAUAUAUUUGGGUGUGGUCAAAGCGGACUCUAAUAUACUCCCACCUUCCCACAAUUGAUUACAAUGUUUAGCAUUCCCAAAUUAUGAGAACUUUUGUUUAUUUGUGCAUUUUCAUUAAUUAUUUGAUAAAAUAAAAUAUUCGUGUAACAUCUUAUUUUGUAAAACUUUUAAUUUAGUUUUUAAAUAUUGUUGUAAUCAAACAUUUGGAAAAAGUGAAAAUAAAUAAGAAGCUAAGAAAUGGCAGAAAUAGAGAUAGGGUGGUGGGAAAUAUUGCUAGGAGUUGCAUUUUUGUUGAUGUUUCACCUAUGGAGGGAAGAGAGGAAGAAGGGGCUUCCCCGGAGUUAUCCCUUUCUUGGCAUGUUGCCGGGCACUCUAUAUUACAUAAACCAAAUCCACGAGAGGGCCACGAUGACCAUGCGGCGAUCCGGCGGCACUUUCCUCUACAAGGGGCCGUGGCUCGCCAACAUGGACAUCCUGGUCACCGUCGACCCCGCAAACGUGCACCACAUCAUGAGCGCCAACUUCUUGAACUUUCCGAAAGGCCCCAAGUUCAAGGAGAUGUUUGACGUGUUGGGGGACGGGAUUUUCAACGCCGACUUGGACCCGUGGCGGGCCCAAAGGAAGAUCGCGCGGGGGUUGAUCAUGCACGUGCGGUUCCAUAAGUUUCUGGUGCAGACGAGCAAGGAGAAGGUGGAGAGAGGGCUGAUGAAGGUAUUGGAGCACGCGUCCGACAACGGUUUGGUAUUGGACUUGCAAGACUUGUUCCAGCGGUUCACGUUCGACACCAGUUGUAUUCUCUUCACGGGGUAUGACCCUGGCUGCGUGUCCAUCGAUUUCCCUGAGGUCCCGUUCUCGAAGGCGAUGGACGAUGCAGAGGAAGCCAUUCUCGUUCGGCAUGUCGUGCCGGAGUUGAUAUGGAAGGUGCAGAGGUGGGCAGGAGUAGGAGCAGAGAAGAAGCUGAGUUGUGCUUCGAAGACGUUGGAUCAAGUCAUUGGACAAUACAUAGCCAAAAAGCAUCGAGAACUGAUGUCCGAAAAUAAGGACACUAGCGAGAGUUGUGAUCUACUCACCGCUUACUUGAUAGAAAGCAAGGAUAAGGAUGACAACAAGUCGAUGAUGGGGUUGAAGCUAGACGACGACAAGUUCUUGAGAGACAUGGUCAUGAACCUGAUGAUUGCGGGGCGUGACACGACCAGCUCAGCCCUCACUUGGUUCAUAUGGUUGAUCUCCACCCAUCCUCGCGUCGAGUCAAAAAUAAGAGAUGAGCUCAAAACCCUAAUAACUCCUCCCUCAGAGUCCCAGAAAUGGAGGGUUUUCAAGCCAGAAGAACUCAAAACAUUGGUCUAUCUGCACGCCGCAUUAUGCGAAUCUUUGAGAUUAUACCCUCCAGUUCCCUUCCAGCACAAGGAACCAACCGAGGUGGACACCCUCCCGAGUGGCCACUUAGUCCAUCCUAAGAUGAAAAUAAUGUUUUCGCUAUACGCAAUGGGGAGAAUGGAGACUAUAUGGGGAGAGGACGCGUGCGAGUUCAAGCCAGAAAGAUGGAUUUCAGAGCGGGGGACGGUAAAGCACGAGCCUUCGUACAAGUUCUUGGCAUUCAAUGCAGGGCCAAGGACUUGUUUGGGGAAAGAAGUGGCUUUCAUUCAAAUGAAGGCCGUGGCUGCCUCAAUCAUACAUAAUUACCAAGUUAGGGUUGUGGAAGGCCACCCGGUGGAGCCAAACACUUCUAUUAUUCUCUACAUGAGACAUGGUCUCAAGGUUAGGCUCAAAAGAAUAACCAAAUAGUUCAAUCAUGUAUUGUUUGAAAGUUGUUGAUCGUAGAUGACAUACAUUAUUUAUAAUUACUCUUAUAGAUAUAUACUAUCACAAGAGUAUAUUGCAUGCAUGUGCUUCGUUUGUGAAUAAAUGAAUGCAUAUUUA